UAUAUCAAUAAUAUAAUAUAAUCGAUUGAAUACCACGGGAGUCUAGCCGUGGUAUUAAAUCGAUAUCGAUACUUACAUUUGCACUCAACCACUAGAACUGUCAUUAGCUUCUAUAUUUUGGUGGUUAUGUUGAUAUCAGCGUAAUUUGUUUGUUUUUCGUAAAUCGUUAAUUAAAAAUGAUAGAAAAACAUUUCUGCCAAUGUUGUUUAUCGGAAGAAUGUUAUAAGGAUAUGAAAAAUGUGUAUUAUAGAGGACAAAAACCGGAAAACUAUGGUGAUAUGUUGACGAAUAUCUUUAAUAUAACCAUUUCAAAGACGGAUGAUGGGAGAUGUUUUAUAUGUGAGGAAUGUGUCUCCAGACUCAGGGAUGCAGCAGCGUUUAAAGAACAAGUAAUAAGCACGCAAGAAGCUAUUCUACAAAAACUAGCUGAAUCAAACAGCAGUUUAAAAACAGGUCCUAUACUUGAAUGCAAACUUGAAGAUGAAUCCGAUGACUUUGAUGAUCAUAUCAGCGACAGUUUUGUUUGGGCAGAAACAGAAGAUACCCAUUUGCAAGGCCAAACGUUUGUUAUACAAUUAGAACCAAGAACAAAGCUCCCCAUCACAGACGAAGCAAAGAAGGAAUCGAAUGGAGUUAAACAGAAUCUAGCGAAGGAAAAAAAUAUGGCAGUUAAAAAAAGCAACUUAAAUAAAAAAGCGAAACAGCCAAGUGUCAAGCGAAUGAAAGAAAAACUUCUAAAAACAACACCACCUCAUGAAAACUUAACACACUCUCGUGAAAACACACUGAAACUCGUUCAAAAUUCCAAUUUGUGCCUAUUUCGAUCCCUCCAAAAUAAAUAUGGCUGCUGUCUUUGUAAUAAAUCGUUCUCCGAAAUGAUAGAAUUUCGAAAUCAUUUCAAAACGCACUGCGAUUCAGAAAAGUUCUCUAAAGUGCAAAAAUUACGCGGUCUUUCUUACAAAAACGCAGAAAUCUCUAAUCUAGAAUGUUCGAUUUGUCAAAUUAAUUGCUUAGAUUUCAAUGAAUUAAUGGCGCACUUGAUAAAUAAACAUGAAAUUUCCUUUCAGGGUAAAGAACAUUUCCUAAUUCCCUUUAAGUUAUUAGAUAAGUUUAAAUGCGUUUUAUGCGAUCUACAAUUUAAUAGUUAUUUACGUUUAGCUAUUCAUAUGCACUCUCAUUAUAAAUAUAAUGUAUGUGAAAGAUGCGGACAAUGUUUCAUAAACCGUUUAAGUUUACGCACACACAUUCAUUCGAUGCACAAACAAAAAAAAUGCUCAAAAUGUCCCGCCAUUUUUGUGACAAAUUCAGCUAAAGUCAAACAUUUACGAACAGUUCAUAACAUUCAUAAUUCGAAGCGUUAUUGCAAUCUGUGCAAUUUGACGUUCCGAUACACGUACAUGUUACAAGAGCAUAAGAUUCAGGAUCACGGGUUAGAAAGGCCGGUAUCCAAUUGCAUGCAAUGCGGUAAAACUUUUUUGAGUGCGACUAAUUUGAAACUCCAUAUUCGUUCUGUUCAUAUCAAAGAGAGAAAUUUUCCUUGCUUGUUGUGUUCCAUGAGGUUUUUUACUAAAUGCGAUCAAAAACGUCAUGAGAGAACGCAUCAAGAUGUCCGCUCGUUUACCUGCGACUUCUGCGGGUGUCGAUUCAAAUCGAAAGACUCGUGGCGUCGGCAUUUGAAGCGACAACACGGUCAUGACUCGAAAGAUUCCAGUAAAAUAACUGAACCAGUUAAAAUGUAGAACGAGUAAAAAAUCUAAAAACCCACGACUUUAAAUGUCGCUCCAUUCAAAUUUUAUAAAAAUCUGUCCAGCCGUUUUAAUCUUGUAAAUGGCAUUGUCAUCGGGUUUGAAGCUACUCUGAAAAUUUCAGCCUGCUAGCUUAUCGGGAAGUGUCUCGAAAUUGAGUUGCAAAAAUCCAACCGGAAUUUAUGUAUUUAGGAGUAUUUAUCGUGUAACGAACGUGGCUUCUUAAAUUUUAAGGAUUCUCUAGCUGAAGGGUAAAAACGUAAGUUAAUUGCUGCUGAAAUGCUUAUCCUGAGUCUGGGUGUCUUUGUGCAUGUGACUUGAAUGUUUGUGAAACCAUCCGCGACACAAGGAUUAAAUUCAAUAGUGCGGGAGUAACUAGAUUAGAAAUAACAGUGCUGCAGUGUUAACGAAAUGAAUAAAUAAAAUACAUUAUUCAACAAUAAUAAAAGUGUUUUAUUGCAAGAAAACCUUUAUCUUUUUGCGAGUACCUUUUGUAUAAAAAAAAUCUACAAGGUUUCAAUUCUCAUUUGUAUUUUUUUUACUUUUUUAACUACUUUAACAAAUGAAGAAACCAAUAAAUUUCUACUUGAAAAACUAACAUAAUAUAUAUUAUCUAGACUGUAAGCAUAUAAAGAGUUAUAAAAUACUUCAUGCGUAGGCAAAUAAUAUUAAUAAUAAUUUUCUGCAUAGAGAGCCAAGCGGAUAAGGU